GUGACCCCUCCCCCACUUUCCCAAAUACAUGCUAGAAGAUAUUCCUUUGUAAUUGUGGAUGUUUGCAGAAAACUUACAAAAUAUCAGCUGUGUGUAUGGACCAACACGGUUGAAGUGUCACUUUUUGCUUCUCCAGAAUAUCCGCAUCUACCAUGGUUGGUUUGAAUUCGGUUCAGAGUUGACCAAGAUGACUGGGGAAGUUCAGACCCAGGAACCUUCUGCGUGGGAUCUGGCACAAGAAUAAAACAUGGCUGAGGAUUCUCAGAGAAAUUUCCGCUCUGUCUACUAUGAAAAAGUGGGAUUUCGUGGUGUUGAAGAAAAGAAAUCAUUGGAAAUCCUACUGAAAGAUGAUCGAUUGGAUAUUGAGAAGCUUUGCACAUUUAGUCAAAGAUUUCCUCUCCCAUCCAUGUAUCGUAUCCUGGUGUGGAAGGUGCUUUUAGGAAUUAUUCCUCCUCACCAUGAAUCUCAUGCUCUGGUGAUGAAGUACCGAACAGAACAAUAUAGGGAUGUGUAUCAUGCCCUCCAAGUAAUUCGGUUUAUCAAGGAUUCUACCCCACAGGUUGAAGUUUUCCUUCGCAUGCAUCAAUUAGAGUCAGGAAGGUUGCCUCGAAAUCUGGCUUUUCCUCUGGAACCAGAAGAUGAAGUGUUUCUUGCCAUAGCUAAAGCCAUGGAGGAAGUGGUGGAGGAUAAUAUCGACUGCUACUGGCUUGUCAGUAGUUUUGUGAAUCAGUUAAACAACAAAUACAAAGAUUCGUUACCACAGCUGCCAAAAGUUCUUGAACAGUAUUUGAAUGUUGAAGAUAACAGACUCCUGGCACAUCUGAAGGCCUGCUCUGCAGUGAGCAAACUUCCUUACAAUCUUUGGUUUAAGAAGUGUUUUGCAGGGUGUUUACCUGAAUCCAGUUUACAGAGGGUUUGGGACAAAGUUAUUAGUGGAUCCUGCAAGAUUCUUGUUUUUGUUGCUCUGGAGAUUUUAUUAACCUUUAAAAUGAAGAUAAUGGCCCUGACUAACGCAGAGAAGAUCACACAGUUUCUGGAAAAUAUUCCUCAAGAUAACACUGACGCAAUAGUGAGCAAAGCUAUUGAUUUGUGGCACAAACAUUGUGGGACACCGGUACAUUUGGUAUGAGAACUUGCUGCAGUCCUCACGGUUUGGAAGGACAUACCUUCUGAUUGUCCUUCCCUAGAUUAGUAUCUGUAGACAUUAAAUUGUUUCACAUUUUUGCUGUAAAUAUCACACUGAUUAAUUUGUAAAUUGUUGCAGUAAAAAUAAAGACUGAGUUGUGCUGUGA